GGGACAAGACAGCAACGGGACGGAAGGGCAGUAUUGUAUACAACGACGUCAAACUAAGCCGGCAUCGGUGAACAGCCGAUGUCGAUCUUUCUUGAAUGCGUUCACGCUUGCAGUCGCGUCGUCUAAAUGUACCUUGCUCAUCACGGAGCCAUGUGCAUCUCUCCCAUGUCGGCACUAAAGCAUGCAUUUCCCAGACUCACGGAAUGUCCUCGGCUCACGUUUGCUGUUCUUUUACCGUCAAUAUCCACGCCUUCUUGCAUCUCCAGCACGCGCUGUUGUCUCCAACAGCAACAAUUAUGUACUGACGUCGUCGCCUACCCAUACCCGACACCGUUAUCCAAGCCACUUGCUUUGCCGUUGACGCACGCCCAGACAGCGCCACGGUGGAUCGCUAAUGACAAGGCGGUCUUGAUUCGCGAGAAGCACACAAAGAUACGAUGCUUAGCGAGCAAGUGGAUAACAUGUGGGUCGUGUGAAGGAAACGUCUGGGGGGAAGUCUGGGGCCCCGCGUCAUCAAGUUGGAUUGUUGAACCACGGCAAAAUAAUUGGGUCCCUCGUUCGCCCUCUGAGCACAACGUGACCACGAUGCUCGCCACCGCUUCUUUGCGGUUGACGCUAUGCGAGAAGGCGGACAUGAGCAGGCAAACGAGGCGCUCACCACAAUGACGAUGGUAGUAACCCUUUUCGGAUAUGGGAAAAGUGGUAGCCUUGUCAAGGGCUCUGUACAGCCUGGCCUGGUGGGCACUUCAUCUUGUGUAACAUUAAGUGACGCCCUUUCCGCGCGGCAGACAGGCCUAUGAGCCUGUGGCAGGUA